AUGGUGACAGCAGGAGUAGUGGUGGCAGUGCUGCUGGAAGAGACGAUGAUGUUGGCAGGGAUGAGACUGAAAUCGAUUGGGGCUUUUUGUUGCUUCGAAGGAGUAGCUAUAGUGGUUGUUGGAGCAGCAGCGAAUAGUUGGAGAGGGGGUGGGGAGAGCAUCAUACAUAUACCGUCGGUACCGUGGAUAAUGGCUGUAUCUCGAAAAGGAGCAGUAAUUACAUGA